CUAUAAUCAUUUUGUUUUCACAUUAUUUGAUCCGAUGUAUCCGAAAGGAUUAUAAAAUAAAAUCAAAUUAGGCGAAAUCAGUUGUUUACGAAAUGACGUUUAAUCAUAAUUAAAAUUAUUAAUAAUUCAUGAAAAAAAUAUUUAAAUUACCUUGGGAUAUUGGCUCUUCGUGAUAAACUAUGAAAGUAAUUCAUUAAAUAGAUAACUUUUUUUAUUGAUUAUAAUGAUUAAGAAGUAAAAUUAUAUUCUUGACUUGUAAAUGAAACGGAGCGGAGAUUUAUUUAAAAAUGGAAAAUUAUCCAUAGUAUAAACAAUGAAAUUGUUUACAUACAUUGUAAUGUAGAUAUUAAAUAGAUUGUUUUGGAUAUGUAAAAUGGGUACAUUCGUUGUUUAUGGUCCAGUGAACCAAACAAUUACCAGUUACAGUUUGAAUUGCGGUAUUUUAACAUGAAAUGGAAAAGAGAUAUAUAUUUAACUUGAUGAAAUAUAACUUCGAGGGAAAUUCAUUUUACAUGUCCGGUUUUAUUUUGUGAUCAAAUUCAAGUGUAUAGAUAAAGGAAUAUUUUUGUCGAGAUGUGGAAUUAUGUUGUUUUACUUAUUUUUCAAGGGAUGUACUUGGCACAAACACAGCUACUCACAACAGAGUUGUAUCAACAUCUAUUUAUGAAUACCAACUAUACGAUAGAUUUGUUACCAGUUUGUAAAAAUGGCGGAAAUGUUACAGUUAAACUGCAGACGGCCCUCAGACAAGUUAUGGAUGUGAAUGAAAGAGAACAGAUUGUAACAGUAAAUAUCUGGUUCCGAAUGAAAUGGAAUGACUGUCGCUUUCAAUGGAAUGCAUCAGACUUUGAUGGAAUCACGAGUUUAAAUGUUCCGUAUGCCUCAGUUUGGGUGCCAGAUAUAACAUUAUACGACAGUGCGGCCGACGAAGUUAUGAUGCCAGGGAGAGAAAAUUACAGAGCUACAAUUAGUUCUGAUGGAUCUGUUUCAUAUAAUUUUCCCACAGUUUUAAAAAGUGUUUGUCGGAUCGACGUAACUUACUUCCCCUUUGACACUCAAGUCUGUAGGCUGACGUUCGGGUCGUGGUCCCAUAAUGGUUUUGAAAUGGAUGUUGUGAACUCGGCAAAUGAAGGUGAUCUCGCUACGUACAUUGAACACAAUGAAUGGGAUAUUGCAGCGUUCCCUGUUAUCCGCCAUGUUCUUCAAUACAACUGUUGUCCUGAACCAUAUCCAGAUGUUACUUUUUAUCUUACGCUCAAGAGAAAAUCACAAUUUUAUGUUUUGACAGUUCUGUUUCCUUGUAUUUUAACAGCAUCAGUUGCUGCAUUAACAUUUAUCUUACCUCCAGAAUCAGGCGAAAAAGUGUCACUUGGUGUGACAGUUCUAUUAUCUCUAGCUGUAUUCCUAUUAAUGGUUUCCGAACAGUUACCGGCUUCUUCCGAUACCUACCCAUAUAUAGGGAUGUAUUUUGCCUCAUCGAUGACUCUAGUAGCGUUGUCAUGUUUUAUGACAGUUAUAGUAUUAAAUCUACAUUACCGAGGUGAAAAUGGCCGAAAGGUUCCAUCUUGGGUUCGGAAACUUAUAAUAAAUAGACUAGGCGUGCUUGUGUGUAGCGAGAAAAAUACUCAUAGAUUUUAUAAAUCACACAGACAAUCCACCAACAAUUCAGCACAGGUGUCACCAGAAAACAUUAAACAGGAGAGGAAAACUGGAAAUGGUCACGUGCCAAAUGGUGAUAAUAAUGAAAUCACCUUCGUUUCAAACCGGACCAAUAAAGACUUAUUAUUGCACAAUCGAGACCCAAUAUCUGGUUACCUUAGAGAACAGUCAACGGUUUUGACCAAGCUUGAAAAGCAUGCAGAUAAAGACCAAGAGCUUUUAAACAAUAUUGAUGAAUGGCACGAAGUCGCUUUCAUUAUGGAUAGAUUUUUUCUUUUUUUCUACAUUUUUACAACAGUGUUGACAUCAAUAAUUUUUCUGGCGAAAAUGACAGAAGAUGCUUGAUUCUGUAGAGAGGACUUCAAUAUUUGCCAAAUACUGCGUUUAACUUACGUUGGCGUAAAACUAAUGCUAUCGAACGAACAUUAAGGCGGAUAAUGUGUUCUUUUAAACUCAUUGCGUUGUAUUGACAACUCCAAAGCAUAAAGAAAUUACUGUUUUCGCUUAACGUAAUUCAUACAAGUUGAUUAGUGCUAUACGAAGGGUAUUCAUGAUAAUGAGGUUGCAGUUGCGCAGUACUUUCUGAUCUAAUACCGGAAGUGUUAUGACGUAAAGAAUUAAUAAUCAACAAUAACUGUCAAUAGUGUCAUUCUAGAGCUGUACGGGGAUUCAAUACAGUUUAAGUAUACAUUUCAGCUGACAAUAAAGUUUUAAAUUUCGUUGAAAAUCAUAUGUAUAUGUAUCAUGAUUAGUAUAAUGACAUCAAACGUGUAUGCUUUAAUUUAAAUCAUCAUGUAUUUAUUUAUUAUUAUAGCUUAAAAUAAUUAUAGUUGUUCAGAUUUAUUACGUUAUCGUUUUCAAAGUUAUUUUCAUUGUAAAAGUGAAAGAAAUGGGAAUUUCAUAGUUAAGUUUCGACAUCUGACGUAACUAGUACUUUUUCG